UUUUUUAAAAAUUAGAAUGGCCAAUAAUUGUUUGAAAAAACCAAGCAAAAGGAUUGGCUUCAGGAAAAAAUUUAAAAUUCAGAGAAAGGCUCGGGAGCAUUCCAAAAAGCUCAAAAAGAUUGACAAAAAAUCUGGAAGAAAAAACAAAAGAAAAGAAAAAUUGUGUUCAAUUCCCAAUAAAUGCCCAUUCAAAAUUGAUUUAAUCAAAGAAGCCAAAGAAAUCCAAAAACAAUUGAGAGAAGAAAUUAAAGAAAAGAAAUUAAAAUUAAAAGAAAUAAAUAAAGUUUUGAAGAAGGAGGAAAAUUUGGAAGAGAAAAUUCCGAUAUUUACAAAUUUGUUUAGAAAGGAUUUGAAGGAAAUUGAAGGAAAUGAAAGGGUUGAUAGGGACUUGAAGAAGGCGAGGAAGAAAAUUAAAAGAAUGAGGAAGAGAACAAGUUUGGAUUUUAAAUAUUUUUUGAGGGGGGGGGGCUAACCCAAGGAACGC